AGAUCCCAGGGGUAACUAACCAAAGAGGGAUGCGCCACAGUAAUCGUCCGCUGGAUGAAGCAGGGUGUUUGGAAGCGGACCGCGAAGUGUGAAGAAGGCGCGGACACGGCAGGGUGAAGCAGAGAUGAUGCGGAAUGAAAGGAGAUCCAUUGGGCAUCUUUAAUGAAAUGAAGUAGCCUGGUCACUGAGGCUGGGAUUCUUUGCACUGGCUCAAGAUAAUCCAGCAACUUGUGCCUUAAUGAGAAGAACGUCCUGUGCUGCACACAAUCAGUUAUGAGGCUUAAAUUGCAACCAAUCUUUUUAACGUGCCACGUACCAGUGCUGUGGCUCCUUCUGACUUUUGAACCUCUCAACAGUACACCAAGUGAAGAAGAGUUGGUAGUCACAACUAAACAAGGAAAAGUAAAAGGAACAUCAUUAAAUGUUCUCUCAGGAUCAGUUACGGCUUUCCUGGGGAUACCAUAUGCAGAGCCGCCUACUGGUGAACUUAGAUUUAAGAAACCAGAACCUCGAAGACCCUGGUCUGGACUGUGGAUUGCAGACAAAUAUCCGAACUCGUGUUACCAGUAUGUAAACAACUCUUCUCCUGGUUUGGCUUGGGAAGAAAUGUGGAAUCCUAACACUCAACUUAGUGAAGAUUGUCUCUAUGUUAAUGUGUGGGUUCCAUCACCAAAACCAAACAAAGCAGCUGUUAUGAUAUGGAUCUUUGGUGGGGGCUUUGCAUCAGGCACAUCUUCCCUAAUGGUUUAUGAUGGCAAAUACCUAGCUUACAUCGAGAAUGUAAUUGUUGUUUCCAUGAACUACAGAUUGGGUGCUUUAGGAUUUUUAGCUUUGCCUGGUAGUCAUGAUAUUCAUGGGAACAUGGGAUUAUUUGAUCAACGUUUAGCACUUAAGUGGGUUCAGGAUAAUAUAAAGGCAUUUGGAGGAAAUCCCAACAGCGUGACCUUGUUUGGAGAGAGUGCUGGAGCAGCUUCAAUUCAUCUCCAUAUUCUUUCACCUAAAAGCCAUUCUCUCUUUACCAGAGCCAUAAUGCAAAGUGGUUCAUCUAAUGCUCCCUGGGCUGUUUUACAAGAUGCUGAGGCAAAACGUAGGGCUUCAAUCUUGGCUCAACGGCUUAAUUGUGCUUUCAGUAAUGAUGCAGAGCUAGUGAGCUGUCUUCGUCAUAAGCAUCCCAAAGAGAUAGUGGACAAGAGUCUCGGAAUUGUAACAGGUAGUCUUUUGUCUGGAUGUGUAUUUACACCAGUAGUUGAUGGGGAUUUUCUCACUGAUCUGCCUGAUGAAUUAAUUCAAAUGAAAAAAUUUAAACAAACCCAAAUCUUAGUAGGUGUGAACAAAGACGAGGGAAGUUACUUUUUGGUAUACGAGGCUCCUGGUUUCAAAAAGGAUACAGAAAGUCUCAUUACUCGUGAACAAUUCCUAAAAGGUGUAAAGAUGGCUUUCUCUGAUGCUGGUGAUAUUGGAGUGGAGGCUGUAGUUUUCCAAUAUACAGAUUGGACAGACAAGAACAAUGCAACGAAAAAUCGUGAUGCUUUGGUUGCUGUGGCUGGAGAUCGCAAUUUUAUAUGUCCCUUGAUGCAAUUUGCUAAUAAGAUUGCUGAAUGUGGAAAUACUGCCUAUGUCUAUUUGUUUGACCACCGUGCAUCCAAUGCAGACUGGCCAGAGUGGAUGGGAGUUAUGCAUGGUUAUGAGAUUGAAUUCAUGUUUGGAAUGCCCCUUGAUGGAAAGCUCAAUUAUACUAUGGCAGAAGAGACGCUCAGCAGAAACAUGAUGCACUACUGGGCAAACUUUGCAAAAACUGGUAACCCAAAUGAACCCAAAAUGCAAGGAAUGAGGUGGCCUGAAUAUACACAUACAGACCAACAAUAUAUAACUUUAAACACAGAAGCAACAAGAAUUUAUAUGAAAUACCGUGCUCAACAGUGUGCCUUCUGGAAUCUAUUUCUUCCAAAAUUGCUACAAAGGACAGCACACAUGGAUGAAGUAGAACAACAGUGGAAGCAGGAAUUCCAUCGAUGGAACUCUUACAUGUCGGACUGGAAAUCUAAAUUUGGUGCUUAUAACAGCAGAAAAGACAGUUGUACCAGGGCAUAAGCAGUAAUAUUCACUUCUUUAAAAGGGUAUGUGCAGUUUAAAUGACAUACAUGCAAUGUAAUAUAUUGCACAUAUACCAUUUUAUUGCAAUGUGACAUAUUGCAUUAAAUGGCAUGUAUACAAUGUCAGACAGAAAAAUUCUGGUUUAAAAGCUUGCCAUCACUUUAGUGCUUUUUCUUAAAAACAUAGGUUUAAAUCAACUCCUUUAGUGCAAAACACAUUUUACUGUAUCUUGAUGCAGUUAAAGAGCCAUCUAUGCUUCUGGCCUACCAAGUCAAUCAUUUCAGUGCCCACACCCCAUAGCAUAAGGGUUGUGCAAAUUGAAAAGAUUACUUAACCCAGAGUGAAACGUGAUUGCAACCAUUGCUGGGUAAUUUGUGUCACUGCGGAAAUUCCCAGAGUUGGGCACCCUUGCGGGUUUGACAAUUCCAUAUCAUUCACACAAGGGAUGAUGUCAUUCCUUCUGGAUCAUUGAUAAGAAACUUGGAUUAACAUUGGUCACUCCUGGUUAACACUGAACCAGAUCAGGAUCACUUUAAAGCAUGUGUCCACCCACUAACUGAUUUGACUCCCAAAACUUGAUUCCUUUUCCAACAACACUUCCCCCCUCUCUCCAUCCCCCCCCACCCUCCCCCCCACAAUUUCUGCCCGGCCCUUAGAUCUCCUCACUUUCUAUCCUCUGACUUUCCAUUUUCUCCUGAUAGACAACCUAUGCCUAUUAAGCAGUGAUUCACCAAGGCCCUGGAUAAAGCUCAAAUAUACACAAACACCACUGCUGCCAGCCAUUUGCCUCUUCUCUCUCUCGGUCCUUCCCGAAGGCCCUCUAUUCACUCAUUACUCACUUACCUUCCUCACUUUCUUGGCAACCUGACCACAAGCUGGUGAUCUUUGGUCACAGCCCAUCCCCAGGAUGCUCUCUUUUAUUUUCCACCCCUACCCCUUCCACUUCACCAUGCCCUAUAACUAGUGUUGAUCCUGAGUGGGACAUUGUUCACUACAAAGAAGUGCAAGUACUUUCAAUAGUCCUCAAGACUCUGGCACUCUGAAAUUUACAGUGGGACCCAUGACCCACAUUUAUUUUUCUUCCAUUCUCAUAUCCUUCAGGUUGUUGCUGUUGUUUUUAGUCUGUUUCCGAGUUUCAACUUCACUCAAAUAUGCUUGUUUCUCAUGUUGUUUCCUCCAGCUAUCUCUGAUUGUUGCCAGUGCAGGUGAUGGACUUGAAAUAUUCUGUAGAUAGACCAUUCUUAAAAUCAAUAUGCCAGUGUAAAAUUGCUGCACUUGUGCAACUUGUUGCAUAGUUAGUACCACCCUGGAAUGAUUUAAGGAGUCACUACUAGAAUCUGUAAAGUUCCAUAAAUAUUUAAUUAACCUUAGAUUAGCUUUCAGUGAUUUUUUUUUAAAUGUAGGCCACACCUAACAAUUAGCACAAUGAAACAACAUCAUACUACAGGCUUUAAAUGUUGCUGAUUUUAAGAGUGAAAUUUAAAAUGAAAAGUUUUCCAUAAUCCAAUCUUUCAUUUUUGUCUCCCUUCCUGCAUUUGAUUUGGCAUUGAAUUCAUCUACUUGUACACUUCCUGUUCCAUCUUUGUGCUAGUAAUUUUGCAAUCCUUCUGUCUGAUUGGCGAAGGGGAUAAACAAUUGCUUUUCCUGUUCACUCAGAUCUCAGCUGCCCUAUUUUGCUUGUGCCAUUGCCAGCUUACAUUUGUAGAAAUUUAUGAGAUGAAAUAUUUUUGACAUUAAGCAGAUAAGGGCACGUCUAAAUAAAGACAGAUGCCGUUAGAUUCUGUCCUUCAGAAAAUUAUAGCCCAUUUCAUCUGGAAAGAGACACCUGUUAUUUAAUAAAUAAUGGAAUCUGAUGGUUAUGGAGAAACGGUUCUCUGUGUGCCAGUGAUAGCCUGUUUUAUGGCCUAACAUCCAGUUUAUAUUUUCAUUGCAUAUUUUUAUGAAGGAAUCUUCUCCACCUAUGUAUUUUAACUUUAUUUCUGAGUUCAUCUGUUGUACUGCACUUAUUAUUAAGUAGGUGAAACUUAAGAAAAGGGUGCUGUAUUUUGAGAGAAUGGAUGUUAAGACGUCAUUAACUUUUUUUUAAAUAAAAUUCCAUCCAGGAUGCAGAUUUUAUUGCGUUUGAUGGUGAUGAGAUAUUUAUGAAGUCUCUCUUUAUAUGUGCAGAUGUGAACAGUAAACAUCCAUAUCAGUGGAAUAUUGUACUAAUUUUGAGAGUGACUACCAAGUAUGACCAUAGAAUUAAAAUAGUGGGAAAGAUCAAUAAAACUCAAUGCUCGAGGUACCAUGAAAUCUUACCUUUUUAUUUUAAUGGUAGAGGGAGGCAUUUCAGAUGAAUUGGUCUUAAAUUUGUAUGCCAGUAACACAGAGUUUCAAGAUUCUGUUGCAGGUAAUUAUUUAUAUUUUAACUUGCUAUUAAACGGGAUGUACUUUUCAAUAACAUAUGUAACUCUUCUGUUUAAGAUCUAAAACUAGUCAGUCUCUUUGGUUUUCAAUUAAUGUUCACAUGUCCAUUAUGGAAACAUUGUUCAAUA